AUCAAAAAUACAAAAAAAAAAAAAAAAAAAAAACCCACCAAAAACCAAAAAAAAUGGGGAAAAUAUCAGUAAAACAACAAGCAUUUAAUAGUCUAGGAAGCCUAAUAAAACUACUACCAACAGGAACAGUAUUUUUAUUCCAAUUUUUAAGCCCAAUUUUAAGCAACAAUGGGCAAUGUCACACAAGUAACAAAUACUUAAUGAGUGUUCUUCUUGUUAUAUGUGGGUUUAAUUGUUGUUUUGCUACAUUUACUGAUAGUUAUGUGGAUGAAGAUGGAAAUACCCAUUAUGGGAUUGCUACAAAUAAGGGAUUAUGGCCUGAUAAUAAGAAGGGUUCAAGUAAGACUGAUUUGUCUAAGUAUAGGCUAAGAAUAGGUGAUUUUGUGCAUGCUUUUAUGUCAUUGUUGGUGUUUGGUGUGGUGGCGGUGUUGGAUACGAAUACGGUGGAUUGUUACGCUCCGGCAUGGGAGAGUAGUCGGAAAACUAUGCUUAUGGUGUUGCCACCGGUUGUUGGUGGUCUUUGUAGUGGGGUUUUUGCUAUGUUUCCUAGUACUAGGCAUGGUAUUGGUUACCCUUAUGAUAAUGAUUUUACCUCUUAAUUAAUCAACUCAGUGUUGUAUGAGACCAUCGAGACGCGCUAAAAAAUAGCCCAUUUAAAAAAUAAAAAUUUGUUUACUAUUUUACAUUCAUUUUCUAAAAUUGUUUUUAAAUCUUUCUUUGUUCUUUGUUUUUGUUUUUCUAAGACAAUUAAAUUUGGACAAACUUAAUACAAACCGUCGUCUCACUAUGAGACAAUUUAAAAAUAAUUUAGUAUAAUUUUUAUGGUUUUAUGAGUUUGUUUAAUAUUCCAUUUGCUGACUUCAUUUUUUAUUUUUUUAGAGAAAUAUAAUGUGUAUAUGUUGAAUGUUUAAUUUGUAUGAUAUAUGCUUGUUGAAAGUAUAUUUUGUUUAAUUUAUUGUUGUAAUAAGGAUUGGUUAUUUUCUUU